AAUUUGAAUGCGUUUUGGUUUUGGUUUGAUUAGUAGCAAAAAAGAGUUUUGGGGCAAUGAUGUUGAUAAAACUACCUAUUUUCUGAGGGAAAAUUCGAAACUUUCCCUUGUGAUUAACAAACACCAAUGGAUCCUUCUGAGCCCUUACUUUUUUUCUUUGUUCUUUUUUCUUUUAGUAAAAAUAAACUCACUUUUUUUUUUAUUUUUGGAAUUUUAUUUGCUUGGUUUCGUUGCGUGAAACAUCACUUGGGACCAUUGAGGUGAUGAUAUCUUUUUCGGAAAUUUCCUUAUGUCGACUCGAAGAAAUCAGACUACAAUUAUCUGAUCAAUGGUUCUGGAUUUUAUCAGUUGAAUUUUUCGUUACAAAUCCGAAAGCUACUAUCUUUUUAUUGUUUGUAUAAUUGAAUCAUUAAAAAAAAAAAAAAAAAAGAGAGAGAGAGAGAGAGAGAGAGAGAACACAUAUUGGUGUCUCUAUUUGAAUGUUGCGCUUGUAGUGGUAUUUCAAAUGGAUCCGGCAAAAUCACAAGCAACUGCAACUCAAUGUAGUAUGAAUUGGGUGCAGUAGCAGAGAGAAAUUGGAGGAAGCAAUGUGGGGUAUUGGAGCUUCUCGAGGUGUUGGUGGAUCUUCCAUCGGCUGUGUAAGUUCGUUUGUUAGGUAUUUCUCAAGGAAACGUGCUGAGAAUUUAAGAAAAAUCAACCCAAAGGUGCCUCCCCAAGAGGCUUCGUCCAUUGCACGCUCCCUCUACGACAUCGUCAAGCAGCACGGUCCUCUCUCUGUAUCCAAUGCUUGGAUCCACGCUAAGGAUUCUGGUAUUAGUGGAUUGAACAGCAAAACUCACAUGAAGUUGAUGCUUAAAUGGAUGAGAGGAAGGAAAAUGCUGAAGCUUCUCUGCAACCAUGUUGGUUCGAGUAAGAAGUUUUUUUUAUCUCUACCGGAAGAAGCAAAAAAUUGAUCAACUGAGAGGCCUGGUUAGCAUGGUACGUUGAACCAGAUUGGGUCAUCUAAAUAAUAUGCGGACACACGGUUGUUCUCAAUUCCAGAAGAAUUGAAUUCGAGUUUCAAUGUUAUAUUUUUCAUUUGAAUUUUUCCUCUGGAAAGAGCAGGAUUCCAUUUGUGGAUUUGACCCUCGGAUGAAAAUUGUUGAAAUCGUAUGCUGUUUCUUGGAACCAUUAUCUCAUUGAGAUGUAAAAGUUGUGAGAAAAAGAAUUUUGCAAGUCGAUGUUAAUUUUGACAUCCUAGCAAGUACCUUGAAUA